GCUGGGGCAGAGGCACCGCUGGGCUCCACCGCAGCCAUGGGGCCGAGUCCCGCUCCCGUCCUCGUCCUUGCUCUGCUGCUGCUGCUGGGGGCCAUGGUGAAUGGGCAGCCCCGGGGACGGAUCCUGGGGGGCUACGAGGCCAAGCCCCACCUGAAGCCGUACAUGGCCUCACUGCAGCUGGACGGGCAGCACGUCUGCGGGGGCUUCCUCAUCUCCGAGCAGUGGGUGCUGAGCGCUGCCCACUGCACCGAGGAGACGGACGGCAAAGUCUUCCAGAUCCUCCUGGGUGCCCACUCACUGACAGAGCCGGAGCCCCACAAACGCCUGUACCGGGUGCGCGCCCAGAUCCCCCACCCCGGCAGCAACAUCCACAACAACAAGGACGACCUCCUCCUCCUCCAGCUGGAGGAGAAAGCGGAGCUGAAUGCGCACGUGCGGGUGCUGCCGUUCCAGCGGGAGGACAGGGACGUGGCGGCCGACACGGUGUGCGAGGUGGCGGGCUGGGGCACCAUCAGCCACAGCGGCGGCCAGCCGGAUAAGCUCUACCAGGUGGAGCGGCCGGUGAUCAGCCGCGACGUCUGCAACCACCGCACCCGCCACGACCACACCAUCACCGAGAAGAUGAUGUGCACUGACUCCCGCAGGAAAGACACCUGCAAGGGAGACUCCGGCGGCCCCCUGGUCUGCAGGGGGGUGGCUGAGGGGGUGGUCACGGCUGGCUCCCGCGUCUGCGGCAACUACAAGAAACCCGCCAUCUACACCCGCAUCGCCCCGUACGCGGCCUGGAUCGACAGCGUCAUGGCCUCGGCGGACGGGGAGGGAGACGCUCGCUGAGCCGUACCCAGGGACCCGGCUCCACACCACGGCUUGCUGUUGCCGGCAUGGCCAGAGCACCCACACUGCUCCCGGAGCAUCCCCCCGCGCCAGGAGGAGGCCUGGGCCGGGGACCUGCAAGAAACCAGGGGAAGGGGGUCUCCGGCCCCCUGCUUGCAAAGCAUAGGGCCCAGCUGGGGGAGGGUGGGGGGGUCACAGCCCCCGGUGCUGGCACAACCCACAGGCUUUGCUGAACGCGCCCGAACGCCAACCAUGACCCGCCGCAAUAAAGCGAUGAUGAUUCCUGCA